AUGGUGCUUACAAAAGAAUGCAAUGGUGUCAUUCAAAAGAAUCUCCCUGAGAAGCUAAAAGAUCAUGGAAGCUUUGUAAUUCCUUGUACUAUUAGGGAAGUGAUUGUCGAUCAAGCCUUGUGUGAUCUUAGAGCUAGCAUCAAUCUCAUGCUAUUAUCCUUAAUGCGCAAGUUACAAAUCGAAGAGGUAAAACCCACCAGAACUUCUUUGCAACUUGCUAACCGUUCUCUUAAAUUUCCAUUAGGUGUUGUGGAGAAUUUGCUAGUGAAGGUGGGAGCUUUUAUUUUUUCUGUGGAUUUUGUGAUCUUAGACAUGGAGGAAGAUGUCAAUGCCUCUAUCAUAUUGGGGAGACCUUUCUUGGCUAAUGGAAAGGCCUUAAUCGAUGUUCAAAAGGGUGAAUUAACAUUUUGUGUUCAAUGUAUUCCAAGCCUUACAAUACUCGAAUGA